AUGCUAAUAGUUUUCUGGUGUAUAGAAUACGGCUCGAUAGUGCGUACAGCUCCAGACGAAGUUCAUGUGAGCGACCCAAAGGCCAUUCCCAUCAUCUAUCCUACCCAGCAACCUCUCAAGAAAACGGACUGGUACCUGACAUAUAGACCGGUUACUCUUGGUCCUGGUCCAGAUCUAUUUACCGAUGAUGAUGAGAAGCACCACGCAGCUCACCGGCGAAUCGUGGGUCCAGUAUAUACGCUAAGCAGCAUGUUGAAAAAUGAGCGCGCUUUGGACGACUUGGUGAAGCUGUUUGGGGACAAGCUUGGCGGCUUUGCGGAUUGUCAAGAUGCAUUUGACUUUGGGCUAUGGCUGGAAAUGUUCUCGUUCGACGUUGUAGGUGCUGUAUUCUUCGGCUCACCGUUUGGCUUUCUAGAAACUAGUUCUGACUACGGUAACUACAUCGCCGCGGUACACACCGCCUUGCCACUAAACUCUGUCGUCGCUAUGGCGCCCUUGUGGAUUCGCAGAUAUCUACUCCAGGUAGGCGUUAUGAUCCCAAAGGUUCUCAAAGCGAUUAUUGCAACAGACGGCAUCCGACAAACUGCUGUCCGAGAGACAGGUGUUGCGCAAGAACGAACAUCGAAUGCGAACGCAAACCGCACUGACGUUCUCUCUCAAUUGCUGUCUAUCAUGCGAGAGAAGAACGACUGCCUCACCAUUAAAGAGAUCCAUGUGGAGAUGUGGGCUGCUGUUAUCGCUGGUUCGGACAGUACCUCCGGUGCGCUUCGUGCGAUCUUCUACUUCCUCAUGAAGCACCCUGAUAAAUUAGCAAAACUGGUCCAACAGAUUGACACUGCUUACCUAGACGGCACAAUAACCCAUCCUGUGCAAUACAACCAGGCCACUAAGAUGCCAUACCUCAGAGCUGUGAUACAGGAGUCACUAAGGCUGUGUCCACCUUUUGCUGUGCCUAUAGCACGUUAUGUGCCAGUCGGUGGCUUGCAGCUCUUAGGUCAUCAUAUUCCUGCUGCCUUCAAGGUCGGUAUGAAUGCAAUGGUCACGCAGUUUGAUGAAACUGUCUUCGGCAAAGACGCGCGAGAGUUCCGUCCAGAACGAUGGCUUGAGGGCGAGGAGCGAUUUAGGCUCAUGGAGAAAGCGAUGCUUGUAUUUGGUGCAGGCACCAGAACCUGUAUCGGCAGGCAUCUCUCAAAUGCUGAGAUGUAUAAGUUGGUACCACACAUACUUCGUCAUUUUACUGUAGAGAUGGCACACGAUGGGCCGUGGAAGACGCAUAAUGCGACGUUCUUGCUUCAGAGCAACGUGAUUUGCAAAGUCAAACGGAGAUCAGUUGAGAACAGACCUUUGUAG